AUGCGCCCCCUCCCAUGCCCCCAGAAGCCGCACCCUGAGAAGCGCCUGCAGCAGGCGCCGCAGCAGCAGCAGAGGCCGCCACUGCCGCUGCCACUGCCGCAGCAGCAACAGCAGCAGCAGCAGCAGCAGCAGCAGCAGCAGCAGCAGCAGCAGCAGCAGCAGCUGCGGCAGCAGCAGCAGCGGCAGCAGCAGCAGCAGCAGCGGCAGCAGCAGCAGCAACAGCAGCAACAGCAGCGGGGGCAGCAGCAGCAGCAGCAGCGGCAGCAACCCACCGCGGCAUCCUCCAGCUCCUUGAUCUUCUUGUCGCUGCCGGCCGCCAGCAGCGCGCGGUUGUCGGGCGUGGCCACCGCCGCGCUGUAUGAGCAGCCCUUGAGCACGUUCUCCUUGUCCCUGCCCAGGGUGACGCACAGGUUUGGGGUUUAG